AUGUCCCUCGAAGCCAAGGAGGAUUCCGAGAAGACGCCGGAAUGGACCCUUCCGUUAAACCCUAUCAUGCUUCAGGGGUUUGAAUGGCACGUGCCAGCUGACCAGAAUCAUUGGAAACGCUUACAAAAGGCUCUCCCAAACCUGAAAGACAUUGGAGUCGAUAAUAUCUGGAUACCCCCGGGAUGCAAAGGUAUGGAAUCGAACGGAACGGGAUACGAUGUUUACGAUCUCUAUGACGUGGGCGAGUUCUACCAGAAAGGCUCCCGGGCGACACGAUGGGGCUCUAAAGAAACUUUGCAUGAACUUGUACAAUCUGCACAAGAUCUCGAUGUUGGAAUUAUCUGGGAUACCGUCUUGAACCAUAAAGCCGGGGCCGAUUUCACCGAGAAAUUUCCGGCCGUGAAAGUAGACCCUGAAAACAGAAAUACUGUGAUCUCAGAACCAGAAGAAAUUUCGGCUUGGGUUGGAUUCGACUUUCCAGGUCGCAAGGGAAAGUACAGCUCUAUGAAAUACCAUUACCGACAUUUUAAUGGCGUGGACUGGGAUGAAUCUCGAAAAGAAAAUGCCAUAUACAAGGUUGCCGACCCCCAGGGGAAGUGGUCUCAGGAUGUCAGCAACGAACACGGUAAUUAUGAUUAUUUGAUGUUUGCAAAUCUGGACCAAAGUCACCCCGAGGUGCGUGCCGACCUCUUUAAUUGGGCGGAAUGGAUUGGAACCGAGUUCGCUCUCAGCGGGAUGCGAAUAGACGCAGCCAAGCAUUACUCUGCUGCAUUUCAGAGAGACUUCGUGGACCACCUGCGAAAGACGGUGGGAGAAAAUUAUCUACUAGUUGGCGAGUACUGGCGAGGAGAGGUGGAGUAUCUUUUGAAUUAUCUCAAAAUAAUGGAAGGUCGUGUCUCGCUAUUUGAUGUGCCACUAUUGGGGCAAAUUUCAGAAACGUCUCAAACAGCCGGUGGUGACCUCCGAAAGAUAUUCAAAGGCACAUUGGUGGAACAUAGCCCUGGCCACGCCGUGACAUUUGUGGGAAACCAUGAUACUCAACCCGGCCAGUCAUUAGAGACAACAGUCGUGCCAUUUUUCAAACCAAUCGCCUACGCAUUAAUCCUUCUGCGAAGUCAAGGCCAACCUUGUGUCUUUUAUGGUGAUCUAUACGGACUCCAAGGUGGACCAAAUCCUUUGAAGUGUCGAUCUUGCAAGGAAAGGCUUCCAAUAUUGAUGCGCGCGAGGAAGUUAUAUGCUUAUGGCGAGCAGCGGGAUUACUUCGACAAAAGAAAUUGUAUAGGGUUCGUGCGAUAUGGAAAUGUGAUGUAUCCUUACGGUCUUGCUUGCGUCAUCAGCAACACCACUGCUGCAUACAAGAGGAUGUAUGUGGGGAGACGACACAAAGGAGAGGAAUGGUCAGAUAUACUGGGAUGGUGUCUCGAAACAGUCAUCAUCGACAAUCGGGGCUAUGGAGUUUUUCCUGUGGCCGCGAAGAGUGUGAGCGUGUGGGUACAUGAAAGAGCAUGGGGAAGAAAGAGCCUCACUCGACCAUUGUGA